CUCUGCACAAUCUGCACUUCACUAUCCGCCCUCGGUCGCUCCCCAGCAACCCAAUCGCUGCCUGAGGACGCGUCGUGAUCAGCUUCAUCUACUCGCCGACCUGCAGUAGCUCCCAAGCCUAACCCUGCUGCACCUGUCAACUUGCCUAUCUCCUCGCUCUUCAUCCAGGAGCUCGCGUUCGACCACACCCCGCGUCCAGAACGGCUCCCUUGACUGCGCCAGCUUGGUCAUAGCGCCUGGUAAGCUCCCUCAACUGCCAUAUACCCUCUGCGUCCGCUCUCCUGCUGCCCAACGUUCCUUCCUCUCACAGCUCUCUGGGUGAAUCCUGAUGCGUGAUACAUCUGCACCAAGACAAACACGGCUGACAUUGCCAGAGUCGUCAAUUGAGGACCACCACGCAUUGGCAUUGGGCAUUCACUCAGUCAACUAGACAAUACUGAGGAGGCAAGCACUGAAAUCAACCCACGUCGUCUCGAUUCCUGCCCACCAUUCGUCAUCUGCCAACUCGGUCAGAAUGGCUACUCUGGCUCCAAUCACUACGCCCGCUCGCCAGCCAUUUGGCAUCUUGAAUGAAUCCAAGCUGAGAAGCUUGCAAAGCGUGAAGAACCGGCAAAAUGCUAUCACACCGAACUCUGCUCCAACAUCACUGAAGCGACGAGCCGUCUCCCCCGAGGUCGAAGGAGGUUCAGACAGCGAGAACAUUGAUCCAAGCAUUUUGGACUCACUGCACAAACGCAAGAGGUCGACUUUCGAUGAGGAUGUAUCUCUGGCAAAGACACAUCGCUACUCGUUGAACGUAACCACUCUCCCGACAACCAAACCUCGUCUUGGUACCACUGCUGCCUCUACACCACGCCUUGAUACAUUUGUCAAACCAUCUACUACACCUGCGUCGGCACCUGCAGCAGGCCGCUCGCCAACACGUAAACGCUCUGGUCUUCUUCAGCCACGAAAACGUUUCAACCCACCUCCCUUUUCCAGUGCCACCCAGUCCCCAUCUCUGUCCCUGUCCGCCGCCUUGAAUGGCACAAAGAAAUCCCGUGUUCAAUCCCGCAGGUUCCAAAAGGGCACCAUCGAAACCAGCAAGCCCAAGUCAUGGUUCUUCGACAUAUACGAGGAGACAGAGGAAGCCCAAGACUACCGUAUGAACGAAUGGACCAUGACCCAGAGUGCGACGGGUCUGGACAUCAGUGAUGAUGAGAGCAAGAGUCUGCACAAGAAGUCGUCCUCUGCCGACAGAGGCAAGGAGAACAUUGAUCCCAACGAGGUAACGGCACCUGUGACUCGGUCUAUGACUGCUGCUGCCAAUGCCGCCGCGGCCACCGAAAAGGCCAAGGGGAAAGAAGUCAAGAUGAACGACGAUGGAGCAAGAAGCCCGCUUGCAGAUCUCAAUCCCGCAGAAUUCUAUGCUGAAGGCCUUGAUGCCACCAGUGUGGUUCUUGUGCAAGACGAUGACGAGGAGGCAGAAACUGAUGUGGAAGGCGAGGAGACUAAGCAGCACCAUGACUUUACCUUCCAACCCUCUAUGGCCAGCACUUCGCUGUCGUCAACUGCGAAGGCCAUCGAAGACUUAAAUGCACCAAGCCUUGCUGAGAUACUUGGCUCUGCAACGCCGAAUUUACUGGGAGACGCACCAGUCGACAAGGCUGGAGCCCCUGGCUAUCCUUUUACCCCCGUCCACUCUGCACGCGCCGACGCUGAUGGUGACGUCGAAAUUGAAAUCUGGGAAAGCGAGAGUGCAAAGGAUGAGAAUGAGAAAGCUGACCUUCAGCUCGAGAAUGCUGUCGACGUAGGCAGCCCAUGCUCUUCUGUCGGCGAUCAAAAUGUGUUUGCGCUGCAGGAGCUGUGAACAGCGGAAUUCCCAUUUCCAGGCAUAUCUUGCCGAAAAGAACCCAUGAGCGUGUCGUCUAGCUCAUAUGUUUGAGAUAUGAUCUCAAAGAGGUCUCACCUAUACCGUGAGGUAAAACAUUGUCGCCGUCCCAAAGGCACCGAGCUUCAUCCCGUCGUAUUAUGCCGUCACUGGUCGCCUGGUUUGGACUGCCAUACUCCUGCCGUCCUUCGUCGACGACGACAGCAUGGCGACGUCAACCUCUCCGGCGCUUGCGCUGAUGUCCUGUGGACAAGAUCAGUAGCUGUUGCGCUACUCCGAAGGGGUCGCAACUACGACUUCUAUGGAGCUGCUCUCUUGGAUCUCAGCAGAUCCUAUUUGUGGAUGACAAACCAGGCCCAGAUGUCAUCUUGGACUUUGCAUUCAGUCGACGACUGGCUUUUGGCAUGUGUUAAUGUGUGGUUAUGUCCUUUUAUUCUGUUUCUUGGUGAUGCUAAGACCGCUGUUUUACUUUCAGUGUGGGCGUGUGAUGGCGCGUGGGAUACAUUGAAUGAGCUGUGUACCUUAAGUGGCCAGACAUUCGGGAGGAGCCGUCGGUCUUGUAUGUACCUCAUGGCCAAGCCGGUCGAGAUUUGCUGCUGGAGUCCUUUCCAUAGAGAACACCCAGGGGUGGAUGGUAUGAACAACAAAAAGACCCCAUGGCCAAAGCAUAUGACAUUUUCACCCACGCCAUGAAUCCCUCUGAAUGUCCAAUUUGCUUUCAUGAAAGGGACGACGCCUUGGAACUGGGAAGUGCCCUCUGUCCAAAUCUCAAGCGUCUACCACUCAUCUGAUCAUGGUGUAUUUGGGCUCUCCCGCUACAUCUCGUAUAUGUGCCCGCCAUUUAUAUGUCUU